AUGUUAAGGUGGAGAAUAAAUGGCUUCGCCAUUAUAGCUGUAGAGUGUACUGUAUCAGACAACGACAACGGAAAAGUCUAG